GUAACAACAAACAAAGGAAAAGGAAAGGAUGAACAUGAAAAUUUAGUAUGGUUGGUUUUGGUUAGGGUGUCUAUUCACCUUUGAAUUAUUAUUUUAUAAUCAAAUCAAACGAUUAUAAACUAAUAGCUAACGAUUAACUUUUGUGGCAAAUAUUUUCUAAACAUUGUUUACUAAUCACUAUGCAAAUAACCAUGGACCUAAUAAUCGUGGACUGAGCAGAGCCUAAUUUAUAUGAUGAGUGCAGAAGAAACGUCACCUAGUGCUCAACAGAGUGCAAAUGAGCCAGAGUUCAAGAGGGAUCCUGUUAUUGCUUACUGUCAUCAAUGUGGAAAAUCAAAUUUGACAGUAGUUGAAGAUGACCGAUCCUGUGGGGGAUUAUUUAAUAGUCUCGUGUCUUGUUUAUUUUGCAUUGUAUGCGGGAUGUGUAGUGCAGUGACCAACGCAGCCCCUUCUGGAGUACAGAACUCUCCUGUUAGCCGAGUCGUCUACAUUCACAAGUGUUCCGCCUGCCAUACACAGUUGGGAUCAUACACACAACAAGUGUAACAAUUGACAAGCAAGUGAAGUACUCAUCAAGAUAUUAAUAUUGAAGAUGGAUCCAUCAAAGCUUGCUGGACUACCGUGGGGUGUAUGGGAAGAUUAUUUGGAGAAAAGAAAAGAGCAGAUGAGUAUGCUUGAUAGUAAGAUAAACAAACUACAUAAGGAAGACAAGGAUAUGUUUGGUAUAGUUGUCGAUGCUGAACCAUUAAAUCUUAUCGUUUGUGAUAAGUGUAACAUGGUUCUAAAGCCAGCAGCACUGCUUCGUCAUUAUUUUAUCAGGCACUCAAACAUAAUGAAUGAAAACAGUUCACCUGACAAAUUUUCACCUCAAUUAGAUUUGAAAGAUGCGGAAAAGGUUGUUUCGAUGAACAAUAACAUUUCUACUAUCCCAGAUAUUGAUUCAAUCAGUAAAUUAGAUCUCAAUGAAAACAUGAAGAAAUGUAAACUCUCAAUGAUACAAAAACCGUCCAAACGUCUGAAAACGUUUGAACCAAAGCGAGUUCUAUUUGGCGAGUUAAGUCCUAACAGACUUAAAAAAGACGUUAAUAGCAAACCCAAGGGAAAGAAAGAUGAAAUGAGUCUUUCCACGAUGGAAACCUAUGAAGAAAAACCUGAUAUUAAUGAUGUGGAUUAUUUACUGAAAAAGUUACCAGGUAUGAGUUUGAAAACGGAAGGUAAAGAAAUUAAUGAAAAUUCCAAUGAUUCAGUUCCAACAACCAGUCCUCCUAGACCACUAUGUGAUGCUCCGUUGUUCAUUUGUUACAAGUCAGGUGGACUCUGGUAUUCAGGACGGCAGAUGAAAAGAACACGAGAGGUGUUUCAGCAGAUGUUAGACGAGGAAAACAACAUCACACCGGUGCUGAUCCAACAAUUGAAAGCCCGAAAAAGAAACAUCUUCAACGGAAAGAAAUAAACAUGAAAGAAAUGUAAUUAAAAUGAGAUAAUAGUUACGUUUUUUCAAUCGUAUAAAGUUGUUGCACAGUUAUACUGAAUGUGAAGUGCAGUAGUCUUGAUUAUCUGAUUCAGGUUAUCGACCAUCCUGGUGGACAUAAAAAUAGGACUACAUUAUCUAACAAAAUGUUGUGCUAUAAUCCAAGUGGUUUGACACACGGUUGCUCUAAAAAAACCCUUUUUUUGCUACUCCUGACUACUUGGAAAAUAAACUCAGCUUCAUUCAAACAAUAAUCGUUAGAGAAAUUCGUCACUCAUGUCAAUAAGAAAUUACAAAAAGUACAAUUAUUGUAUUUGCAAUUUUGUAUUGUUUUAGUCGGCUAUAUUUAAGAGUUUUUUAUCUUGUCAGCUCUCCUUCCAUGUCUUGGUAAGCAGUACAAACAAUAUAUUGAUGGUAAUAAUAUAUAACUGGUAUUGCAGACUUGUAACAGUAUCCAACAAACUGUUUCAGUAGAUAUGGGAAAUACCAUUACCGUGCAAUAAUAGUCAGGAAUGUUCCCUUAGCCUUGUGAAAUAAUACUAUUAUUUUUGCUACUUGUUGAAAGAGGUCGCUAACCUCUUUUCAGGGGAAAAAAACAAUUCAGAUUCAGAACUACGUAUUACUUUUU